AUGGCGGCGACCAACGCCCUCCUCGCCGGCCACCACCACCAACAGGUGGUGGCCAUGAUGACCAAGAAGUUCCAGGAUCUCCUGGACUACGACAAGACGAAGAAUCACAGGAUUCUUCAUGUCGACUGGGUGGCGGGCAACCCCGAUGAUCCCGCAGUCAAGGAUGGCAGCGAGUCUGCUGCCAGCGGUGGCAUGAGCGCCGAGGACCGGCGGCUCAGCGAGAGCGUGGCCAGGUCGGUCAUGCGCAUCACCCACGGCGUCCCCAAGUGGGAACCGACCAUGACCUGGAACAGGGCCAUGUUCUUUGGCGACUGGCUGAACGACCACAAGGGCUUCCGCCAGCAUUACAUCGAGAUCCAAGUCAAGCGGAUCUCUGGCUCCGACGACGAGCUGCUCAAGAAAUGCGGCAUCAGCCCGGAGUUUGUCUGGCUCUCCCUCCAUGACGAGAAGGCCGCGGCGCUCACGCCCAUCGUCGUUCCCCCUCUCGUUCCGGCGCCGGCUCGUAAGCUCCCCGUUCCGCGCGCCGACCCCCCCAAGAUCGUCCCCAGGCCCCUCCCCGAAGUCAAGGAGGAGGAGGAGGAGCAGCGUGCUGCGCCCGCCUCCGCCGACGACAAAGGCAAGGGCAAGGCUGUCGCUGUCCCGGCCAACGAUCAAACUGGCGCCGCCGCCGAUUCUUCUUCCGCCCGGCCUGACGACAUCCCCACACAUCCUCAGCCGGCCAGUGCCUCUUCCGAGUCUGCUCAGUCCCCCCAGAAGCCGACCCCUCUCCCCGACGUCGGCAAUCUUGCUCUCGGCCAGCAGGCUACCGAUGACACGGCUUCCUCUUCUGCUGCCGGCCUUAGCCGCCCCCGCGCCGGCAUCCCGCGCACCCAGAACCUCCCGUGCACAGGCAGCUUUGAUAACCUCCCCGGUGCCGAGUCUCAGCCGCCCAAUGGCCACGACGGGAACGAUGAUGAUGAAGAGGGCAGCGUCUACUUGGACGACGACGAGAACCCGUUCGACUCGCUGGUCCCGGCCCACGAAUCGACGGCCAUCAGCGCGGCCGACCUGCUCCGGCACCGCCAGGAGUUCGACCGCAACGCGCGCGUCAAGCGCGAGGAGCUCGACCGCAUCUUCGCCUUCCACAAGGACCCGGCCUUCAUCGCGCGCAAGAAGAAGUCCUUCAUCUACUCGGUCCGCGUGGUCGCCGUGCCCGACCGCAACGACGUCGUCAACGUGUUCACGGGCCCGCCCGCGCAGAACCGCUACGGCACCCUCCUGGCCCAGGGCGGCUGGGUGGUGCCGCCGGUCGACGAGCGCGUCCAGUGGCGCGAGGACCACAAGCGCGCGUACCGCAACAAGGGCGCCAAGCCCGGCAAGUACGAGGGCCUCCCGCGCCCGACCGUCCAGCACGCCAUGCCCAUGAUGUUCGACUGGUCCGGCGUGCAGGAGCCGCGCUACUUCGGGCCCCCGCCCCCCGUCUGGCGCGAGCUGUGCGAGCCGUGCCUUGAGGAUAUCUACUGGAUGGUGUGGCAGCUGCUCGCGGGCCGCCAGUACCUGGGCUUCAACCCGGGCACUGGCUUCGGUCUGCUGCGGGGCAGCGUUGCUGGCGACCCCGAGCUGCUGGCCAAGUGCCCCUUCAAGAGCCCGUCGGUGGAGGCGCAGUAUCACGCCGCUUCUUAUCCGCGUGGCGACGAGACGAAGAAGAACUAA